UCCAAGCUGUACCCGCACCCUCCCUGUAUGACAGAGGACUUCAUUGCGGGGUUUGGUGAUUUUUUUAUUUUUUUAUUUACAAGGGUCUGGAACAAGGCUGUCGGGAAAGAAAACGGAUCUGGACCUCACGCAACCUCAGUAAGUGGCUGUACGCAUUGAAGAAACGGGGUCUCUUAAGUGUGGGGAGAAAAAAAAAGAUUUGUUAUUGCCUGGGCGUUUUGGACGCGCUCCGUAUAAACGGUAAUGCCUCGGCGACGCGCUGGAGUCGUAGAGAGAAGAGGCAGGUGAGGUGCGGCGCGGCAGAGGAGCGUUACUCCAAAGAGCCUUGGAUACCAGGAGAGCUGCUGCAGCCGUCACCCUUUUCUCCACUGAGGGUAACGAGAGCGACAGAGAGGGCGGGUUGGCACCAGCUCCAGCCUUCCCAUACCUGGCCAUCUGGUGCGUGCAUGUGUGCUGCUGCCAUGGCAACAAUGACUCCUCCCCUAGCGCUUCUUCUCCUGCUGCUUCAGCUGGCUGAUGGCUCAUUCCCAGAGGAGCCAGGUCCACUCAGCUACGUCCCUGUUGAGGUGAUGAGGAGAUAUCCCGUGUUUCUGGGCAGAGCUCAUCGUUCCGCACCGAGACAGGAGCUGCACAUCCAAACUGUCCUCCAAGUCAACCGCACACUUUACAUCGGAGCCAGAGAUGACUUGUACAGAGUGGAGCUGGACAACCUGGCAGGCGAAGAGAUGUUUUACAGCAAGAAAAGGACGUGGGAGUCCAACAAGAAUGACAUUCGGGUGUGUCGGAUGAAGGGCAAACAUGAGGGAGAGUGUCGCAAUUUCAUCAAGGUCUUGCUCAGCGAGCCCGAUGGCCUGUUUGUAUGUGGAACAAACGCCUUCAACCCUCUGUGUGCCAACUACACUCGAGACACUCUAGAAAUGGCAGGAGAACCAGUGAGUGGGAUGGCCCGGUGUCCAUAUGAUCCCCGACACGCUAAUGUGGCGUUAUUUGCAGAUGGUAGCCUUUUUACCGGCACUGUGACAGAUUUUCUGGCCAUCGACGCAGUGAUCUAUCGUAGCCUCGGCGACAGCCCAGCUCUCCGCACAGUGAAGCACGACUCUAAAUGGUUCAGAGAGCCCUACUUUGUAAGUGCCAUGGAGUGGGGUCCUCAUAUUUAUUUCUUCUUCAGAGAGAUGGCGAUGGAGUUUCAUCAUCUAGAGAAGGUUAUGGUAUCCCGAGUGGCACGUGUGUGUAAAUCAGACUUGGGUGGCUCUCAGCGUGUCCUCGAGAAGCAGUGGACCACAUUCCUAAAAGCACGUCUCAACUGCUCCAUCCCAGGAGACUCCCAUUUUUACUUCAACCUCCUACAUGCCACAAGCAACAUCAUCCAUAUGCAGGGGCGGGACGUAAUCCUGGGACUCUUUUCCACACCACCAAACAGCAUCCCAGGCUCUGCAGUUUGUGUCUUCGACAUGCAGCAGCUCGCUCAUGUUUUUGAGGGCCGAUUUAAGGAGCAAAAAUCCCCAGAGUCUAUUUGGACACCUGUACCAGAUGAGGCAGUGCCUAAACCAAGGCCUGGUGGGUGUGCAGUACAGGGAUCCAGAUUUAGCACCUCAACAACAUUGCCAGAUGAGGUCCUGAACUUUGUGAAGACCCAUCCACUAAUGGACGAGACUGUGCCUCUCUUGGGACAUAGACCUUGGGUGGUAAAGACUAUGGGAAGGUACCAGUUGACAGCCAUGGUGGUAGACACAGAAGCUGGCCCCAACAAGAACCGCACUGUCUUGUUCCUGGGCUCUACCCGAGGGACCAUCCUCAAGUUCCUAAUAAUUUCUGGUGGAGAUUCAGUCUCCCACAGUAGUGUGUUUUUGGAGGAGGUGGAGGGAUUCAAUCCAGAGAAGUGUGGUGAAGACUCCCCUCAGGCCCGUCAGCUCUUGUCCCUGACAUUGGACCGAACCAGCCACACUCUGCUGCUGGCCUUCCCCUCCUGUCUGGUCCGAUUGCCCACAUCGCGCUGCCACCUGCAUUCUCGCUGCAUGAAGAGCUGUCUUGCCUCAAGAGAUCCAUACUGUGGGUGGACCAGAGGCAGUACCUGCUCCUUUCUGAGACCAGGGACAAGAAUCCCCUUUCAGCAAGAUGUGGAAUAUGGAAACACUACCUCCCAUCUAGGAGACUGUGAUGGAAUUCUGCAGCAGAGUUUGCUGAUUGAACCAGAGAGCCUGGUAUCCCUCAACCUUCUCGUCGCGUCUGCAGUCUCAGCCUUCACCAUUGGGGCAGCUCUCUCCGGGCUUGCCGUUUGCUGGAUCAUGGCCCACAAACCUGCCAACCGUCGCCACGGCGGCAGCUCCCAGUCCUCAAUCCAGCGCCGGGAGAGGGGUCUGCUGAGUAACUCGGGCGGGAUGGCUGGGUCUGUGCUGAGUGUCACGAGGCAGGGAGGUGGGGAGCGCUCGUGCUCGCAGGGUGGGGAGACCCUGUUCGUCAUGCCCAACGGCUGGGUGAAAUCAGGAGAGCUCGACCCAGGGUUCCUUCCCACUCCUGAACACACGCCGCAGCAGAAACGUAGAGGCCUACGACUGUCUGACUCCAACUCUGGAGGCUGGGAUACUAGCCAGACAUACCUGGGUGGAGGGUCUGUGGGUCUGGGCUCGCCCUGCCGCAUGCCCCCAUCUGUCUACCUGACCACUAGACUCUUUCAGCAGGGUGGAGGGGGGAGACAUGGCGGUGAGGGACGGGGGAACGACACACCACGCCAGCACUAUGUCUGCUUAAGCAAACAAGAAAAAGGAGGCAAGGGUACACCAAGAGCCCCUGUCAGGAAGUCUGCAGGAGAAUAUGUCUACCCCAUGACCCCCCAGGACUCUCCCGAGCGCCGGAGGGUGGUUUCAGCACCCAGUGCCCCCAUUGAGUACAGCGAGCCGCUGCCCUUGCGUUGGCCAGCCCCGGAAGGUUACAUCCUCAGCAGUCAUGGGAUGGUCCCCGUCCCUCUGCCACCACCAACAAUGCCCCCUCCCGGUGGUCAAACAUACAUGUCCCAGCAACACACACCUUGCCUAAGCAGGGCUCUGCUGAGAGGGGCUCUGGAGCGGGGAGAGCUGGGGGAGCUGGUGGAUCUCAGCCAGCUGAUGAGUAAGAAAAACUGCAGUGAUAGGACUCAGGCAGGCCAGUGACUGUGGAGGAAAUGAAGCAUUACUUGUGUGGAGCCCUCCGUUAAAUUUCCAUAGAUUUCUCCUUUCUCCUCAUUCUGUCAAUCCCUCUCUCUCCUCUUUCCAUCCUCUUUUCCCCACAUCUAUAUUUCAUUGUCAUCCAGCUCCUUCUCUCCUUUCAUUCUCACAGACAAACCUCUUCACCCCGAAACGAGUCUUGCCUUCAACUGGGUGCUGGCUCUGCCACUCAUUUCCUGGCUCACAUUAAUUGGUCAGACGGACCAAGGUUGUUGCUGUGUCUGCAAUGCAGAGUUGCCUUUCUCUCCAGGUCUGGGGAUGAGGGAGAAGAGGGGAUAUAGAUGGAAGAAAACCAAAUGGGGAGCACUGAGGAUAAAGACAGAGAUUUAAAGAUUGCCUUCCUUCUGCAAACUGACUGGAUUCUUUGUCCCUUCUCUUUGACAUUUCCAAGACUGCCAGUCAUCUGUUCCUAAGUGUAUUUCCUGACGCUCUGAUUGCCAACUAGGUACUUGAAACUAAAUUGCAAACUCUGAAGACUAUUAAAGUAUCUGUCUCAAGGUGAAUCAACAGGCAGUUGUUCUGACUGAACAGAUGAGUCUAAGCAAAUCUCUCCCUGAUUCCCUUUUUGUAAUCCUUAACCUUGCUUCACUUCCUACAGCACUUGCUUACACAUGCUUGUACAGGUGGGUCCCAAGUAUUCUAUAGAAAGCAUGACUUGUGUGCCAAAUGCUUCUAACACGUCUCACAGGGAUGCUGGACCAUAACUCAUGCCUGUGGAGAACAGAGUGCAGGACUGAAGUGUCAGCACUAUUCCUGCCAACUCUACCCUCUGUGUAAUGACAGCAUCUCAGCUGUCCGACCCCCACACCCACCCCCACCCAACACACACUCCCUUUUUCGCCCCACACCUCUUUCUUUUUAAUGACCAAUGAUUCCUCAAGGACUUUUGGUGGGGCUGUGAAACACCAUUGAACUGAUGUGGAAAACCUUACCUGAAUCGAGAAGAAAAAUGGGAAAAACAGGUGUUGAUUUAAAAAGAAACUCGAUCACCGCAAUAUAUGAAGACCUUUUCUGUCACUUCAGUUUUAUUCUCCAUUAAAACGCUUGCAUUAGUGCUAUUUAUAGAACCCAGCCUGAUUUUAGUGGGCAAAUUUCCUUUGUAGGCCUACAGUGAUUAAAGGUCCUUUUAGAUGUGAGACAGUCCAAAGCGAACAGUGACAGUGAUAAUGAUCGAAACCCCUGGCUUAACUCAGAGGCAGCAGGGGGGAAUAGAAAUGUUCCCAGCCAGCAAAUGAAACUGUAUAUUCAGCCUAUCAUAGUGUCCUGUGCCAUGAAGCAGUCCACAUUUGGAACUACACUCUGCAGCUUCAAAUUACAGCAUACUGAAGAUACAGUGCUGGACACUUUUAUUGGCAUGCCUAAAAAUAGAUUCACCUUUUAUUGUGGUAACAUAAUUUCACAAUGAAAGUGUUAGAAUAACUCAACAUUUAAUUUGAGUGCAUUUAUUCAGUAGGGGGAAAAACACAGUUGUAAAAAAAUAAACUCAGAGGUUGCAUGGUUGUUGGUACCCUUGUUGUUAAUACUUUGCCAAUAGGACAGCACAUUGUCUUCUCCUGUAACAGAGUCCUGAGUCCUCCUAUAAGCUCUCUUCAGCUCACCCCAAAGGUUUUCCUUAGGAUCAGAUUCUCACUUUUGGGCACCAAUAAUCGCCUGAUUAUUUUGUCCAAGAUAAUUUAUUUUAUUUUACACUGCAGUGCGAGGGUUAAGUUCGAUGGAAAAAAAAAGAAAAAGGGCUCUUGUUGAUCUAUUAAAUGUUAAUGGGCAGAUAUGAUGUUUUUCCAGCUCAGACACAAAUGGCAGGAUUUAUCAAAUUAGCUAUAAGUCUUAGUAAUUAAAACUGGGCUGAUAUUUAUUACCAUCUUGUUGCUGUUCGUGUAUGUGUUUCUGGAGGGAGAGGGAGGGGGUUGACCAUGUGGUAUUUGUUUGGGCAUGUGACAGUGAUGCAGUGCAGACUGUAUGGUGUUAAACUGAAGCGGAGAAGCAAUGUCAAUGGUGUGGUGGUUUUUUAAGGUGUUGAAAGGGUAGUGAGAUAUAUGAUAUAUAAUAUCGGUAAAUAUUGGUCAUCGGCCAUAACAGUGAUAUUAAAAUCAGAUAUUGAUAUGGCCUGCAUUUUGAUAUUAGUGUAUCCCUAUAUUUUUACCUCCCUUGCAAGCGUCCUGAACACCCCAGUCCUUACUAAUUAGACGUUUAUAGAAACUCUAAUCAGAUAAAGUAAAACUUUAAAAAAUGUGUCAAAUGGAAGUAUUUCAGUGCUUGUCAGACGUACCAAUAACUGUUUCACUGGUUGUUUUAUUAAAAACAAUUAUUUUUUAACAUGACGUUUUCCCCCACUGAAUCAAAUGUACCUGAAUUAAAUUUGAAUUGUAUUUUUUCCAAACGUUUUGUGCCAUAAAAGAUUAAUUUAUUUUAAGACUUUCAACACACAGUUAGGGGUGCUGGCAAGACUUGCGAAAAGGCGAGACUUGAUGUUAUUCAUUAUAAUCCAAAUUUAUCAUAACUUAUAAGGCCUGAUUCGUCAGUCCCAGUCUGUCAAUCAACCAAUAAAUGCUGGCCUGUGGGCAGCAAUAUAUACUUUAUAUGUACAUAUGAAACUUCGACUUAGAUUAAAAGAUAAUGUAAGACAGUAGCUCCAAAACACACGCACACACACACACACACAUAUAUAUAUAUAUAUAUAUAUAUAUAUAUAUAUAUAUAUAUAUAUAUAUAUAUAUAUAUAUAUAUAUAUAUAUAUAUAUAUAUAUAUAUAUAUAUAUAUAUAUAUAUAUAUAUAGGCAGCAGGUGUAAAGCUUGCAGAUGGAAAAUUUUUCAUGUUGUUAAUGUUUUUAUAUUCAAAAGAUUCAUAUCAACUGGCUCUAAGAUGGAUCUCACAGAGUGACAAGUGUGUCUUUUUAAGAUUGUUGUGCCAAACCCAGCUAAGGGAAGACUUAAUGAUGCCUGAUGUUACAGAAGCAAAAAAAAACAAAAACAACAAAAACUAGGAGAAAAAAAUUUCUUUAAGUGCCAUGAUGAAGAUCAUUUCAGUCAGCAGUGCACCUUUCUCAUGUACUGUGGUUUUAAAGAACUCUCUUAUUGCAGUAGACUUGUGAUAUGUAUGCCUUUGACCUUACAUGCUGAAUGUUUUCUUUUUUUAAGAGAUUUUGGCUUGUACUGUUGGGAUCAUUUGUUCACCUCCCCUCUUUUUUGCUGAAUUCUACUUUAGCUCUUCUUGCCAUACAUGUAAAUAUGUGAGAUUGAAUAUGGACAACUUGUCAUGCCCUCAAUGGUUGCAGUGUUUCUGUGCUCUCCUUGGCCAUGACAUGAACUGUGUGUUCAGCUCACAUUUUUAUGACAAUGAUUCCUGAAUACAACUCUUGAAAUGGACUGAAAUACAUUGAAGGAACACUGUGUGACUCAUUUGUGAGGUUUUUUUUUUUGCAGUCUAGUGAUUGUCUUUCUUUCCCAACCAAACUGCCAUGCUGAGGGAUCUUCAAACUGAUUAUCAAAUGUGCUCAUCCUGUUUUUGUUCAUGGUCAACAUCCUGUGCGGUAAUAAUGAAAAGCACAAACUUACGUCCUUGUUUUUAUUGUUAUUUUUUGAAGGAGCUGUUGGGAAUCAUUUGUGAAUAGUGUAAAUAAUCAUUCUGAAUGUAUCGUGUAUUGGGUUUUGGGGGGGAGAGGGAAGGGGUUCCUGCUGUCCUCGCUCUUUUUAGACAGGACUGUGCUGGCCUUUUUUUUCGGUGACAAUGCUGUGAAUAAAAGGUAUGUAAAGUUACCUGAUGUGACUUUUGCUGAACGCAGAGUUUAGCUGUUUCCUUCCUGUAUUUAGAUUAGGAUUGCAGGCCUGACCUCAGCCCUUGCUGAGCCUUCUCACUUGACUGAUGCCUGUAAUGUCUUUUUUUGCAGUCACUAUGCUGCAGGUGAUAAUAAUCAGUACUGCUAUUAAAUGGCAUUAUGUAAUUGA